AUGUCCAAGAUUGACAAGCUCUCCAUCACCGGAAUUCGGUCCUUCAGUCACCUGCAAGCCCAGUCCAUCACCUUUUUCACGCCACUGACCUUGAUCGUCGGCUACAAUGGCUCGGGCAAGACCACCAUCAUCGAAUGCCUAAAGUAUGCCACCACCGGCGAGCUGCCGCCCAACAGCAAGGGAGGCGCUUUCAUCCACGAGCCCAAUCUAUGCAACGAGCGCGAGAUUAUGGCCCAGGUCAAGCUCAAGUACAUGGUUGCGCCCGAGACAACCUAUGUCGUCACCAGAAGCCUUCAGCUGACCGUCAAGCGGACUAACGCAAGGUCGCAAAAGACCCUCGACGGGAGUCUGUGGUCCAGACAUCACGGCGAAACGAACAGUCUUUCCAACAAAGAUAUUGUCCUCAAUACCAAAGUCCCCGAGACCUUGGGCGUCGGUGCCGCCAUUCUCGACGCUGUCAUUUUCUGCCAUCAGGACGAGUCUCUGUGGCCCAUGAGUGAGCCUGCCGCCCUCAAGAAGCGAUUCGACGAGAUCUUCGAGGCCUUGAAAUACACCAAGGCCAUCGACAACAUCAAGACCAUACGGAAGCAGCACGGCGAGAAGCUUACAAAGCUAAAGUUGGAGGAGGGCACAAACAAGGUGAACAAGGACAAGGGGGAGAGGUGCGAGGAGCGUAUGACCGCGUUGUCCGAUGAGAUUGAGCAGCUGCGUCUCCAAUGCGAGGAGACGCUUGAACAGAUGGAGGAGGCCGAGCAGAACGCAAAAGAGCUACACGAACAGGCCAACAAUUUCCUCCGAAUAGUCAACGAUCUACAGUCAAAGACUGACGAGCUUCGCUAUCGCCGAAAAACUUUGGAGGAAUCCAAAGCGCGAAUGGAAGAACUGAGCGAGUCAGAUGAACAGCUACGGGAUGAUCUGGCGCAACACCAAGAGCGAGCCGCAAGAUACGAGCAGGAACUCCAUACCAGUUCGUCCCAGUACCAGCAGUACAAGGACCAGCUGGAGGAGUACCGCCGCGAGAUGUCCCAAAAGCUAGCCGAGCAAGGUCGCCAUCAAUCCGACAAGGCAAAAUACGAGCGUCAACUCGGCUCCCGGGUCGAGCUCGUCCGGCAGGCGGCCCAAUCUCACGGCAUGCGUGGUUUUGAUGGGGACUUGGAUGAUCAGAAGGUGCGUGCAUUCUAUGAUCGCAUACAAAAGCUGCUAUCGGACAAGAAGCGUGAGGUGGAACGGCUGCAAUCCGAGAAUGCUACGGAGCGGGAAAGCCAUGGCGCCGCCAUUGCCGAGUUGCUAGGCCAGAAACAACAAGUUACUGGAAGUCGUGUUUCUGCAGGACAGAAGGUCGCGGCAUGUGAGAAACGCAUUACUGCUCUGCGGAGGGAAUUGAGCUUGGUGGAAGUGGAUGAAGGCGCCAAAGCUGAACUGGACUCUGAAUCCAAAGAACUAGAGCACAAAUUUCAACAGUCCUCCCAAGAGUUGCAGAAUGCUGCUUUCGAUGAGAAACUACAGGAAGAGAAUGAUCGCCUACAACAGCUGGAGAGCCAAGCCAGUAGACUCAGCCGUGAACUGAAUGAAUCGACACAGUUGCUCUCAGAUCGAGCCCAGCUGGAGGUUCGCAAGACCGAGUUAACUCAGAAGAAGCGAAAGCUUUCUACGCUUACCGGCACGUGGACCGACAAACUGUCCACUAUGGUGGACAGAUCGUGGGAACCCUCAACAAUCGAGCGAGAGUUCCAGAAGACUUUACAGCUGAAGACACAAGCGUACGACGAAGCAAUUCGAAAAUGCGACGACACCAAUCAGCAGCUGAAAACGAUCCAGGCCAGCCUCACCAACGCGAAGGAUAGAGCCAAGAAACGCAACGCCGAAAUAGAACGAUGCAAGUCAGCGGUCCUUCACGCGCUCCAAGAGGUAGACUCGGAGAAAGAGUGGACUGUCGAGAGCCUGCCCGCUGAGAUCGAGCGCGUCGAGGAGCAAAUUCUCGACCUAGAGAAGGGGAUCUCCCUCUGGGAACAUCUCGGGGAAUUUUAUCUGGCGUGCCAGAAGGUCAUGAACAAGAAGAAUCGAUGUGAUCUCUGCGAACGUCCGUUCGCUGACGUGAAUGAGAAGUCGAAACUGGCCGCCAAGAUCAAGUCCAUGCUCGAAGGAGUCAAGAAGGAGGAGGAACAGGGCCUUCUUGCCGACUGCGAAGAGCUGCUAGGUCAGCUACGCACGGUUCGUCCACAAUGUGAGACCUACUCGCGACUCAUGUCCGAGAAGGCCGACUCUGAUCAGGAAUUGAGAGCCAUCCAGGAGAAGGAAGAGAAUAUGGUGCGGCGUCUAGAGGAGAUGGAUGAGAUUGUACGGGGGAAGCAAGAAGAGCGCUAUGAUCUCGAGUCGAUGAGCAAAACGGUGCUCAACAUUGCUCAAACCCUAAAGGAUAUUGAGGAGGCUGAGUCCCAGAUCGACCGGAUAAUGUCUCAACAACAGUCGAGCGGCACAGUCCGCGGCACUCAGGAGAUCAGCGACUUGCAGGAUCAAUGUGCCGAGCAGAGAAAAAGAGUGAAGAACCAAAUAGAUAAGCUCUCUGGCGAGAAGCAGCGCAUGCGAGACGUGGUCAACUCGCUUGAGCUGGCACGAAGCGAACUGAGGAACAAGCUCAGCCAUGCCAUUCGUCAGCUCGAGAAAAAGAAAGACUUCCAGAACCAAAUCCAGAGUCAGAAGGAUGAGAUUCACAAGGAAAAAGAGACCAUCCAAAAGGCAGACGCGGAUUUGACGGCAAUCGAGCCUGAGAUAGCCAAAGCUAGAGCUAUCCGAGACGAUGCUUCGGAAAGAGGCCGUGCCAGAGUGAACAAGGUCACCGACGAGCGGGAUGCACUGGCAAACUCUGUGAGCGAUCUCAAGAAGAUCGACGGUGACAUACAGGAGUAUCUUGAUCGUGGCGGGCCCGCCAACCUCCGGAGCAGCGAGCGGGCCACCCAGAAACUCGAGGAGGCCAUCCGAGUCAUCGACCAGGACAUGAAUGACCUUACUGUUCGCAGCAAUAAGAUGAAGGAGGACCAGGCCAAGGGCGAUGGGAAGAAGAGGAACAUAGAAGACAAUCUUACCUACCGCAAGGCCCUCCGAGAUGUCGAGGAACUUCGACGUGACAUCCGGCAACUGGAGUCCCGCAACGCCAGCGAGGACUACGACCGACUGGAACAACAGGCCAAGGUCCACGAGAAUCGACGACACAUGCUGAAUGCUGAACGAGGCGCGAUGAUGGGGUCAAUGAAGACCAAGGAUGACGAGCUGGCGCAUAAACUCAAGGAGUGGAAUAUGGAGUACAAAGACGCAGCUCAAAAAUACCGAGAGACUCACAUCAAGGUGGAGACGACCAAGGCAGCAAUUGAGGAUCUUGGCAGAUACGGAGCGGCUCUCAACAACGCCAUCAUGAAGUACCAUGCGCUCAAGAUGGAAGAAGUGAACCGCAUUGCUGGUGAUCUGUGGCAGCGCACGUAUCAGGGCACAGACAUUGACACGAUCCUCAUCAAGUCGGACAGCGAAGCCACCAGCGGUCGCAGCUCCUACAACUACCGCGUCUGCAUGGUGAAACAGGGCACGGAAAUGGAUAUGCGCGGCCGUUGCUCGGCCGGCCAAAAGGUCCUGGCGUCCAUCGUGAUCCGUCUGGCUCUGGCCGAGUCGUUUGGCGUCGGCUGCGGUCUCAUCGCGCUCGACGAGCCCACCACGAACCUCGACCGCGACAACAUCAGAAGUCUGGCCGAGAGUCUCCACGAGAUCAUCAAGGCACGCAGAUCGCAGAGCAACUUUCAGCUCAUCGUCAUCACCCACGACGAGGAUUUCCUACGCCACAUGCAGUGCUCCGAGUUCUGCGAGGAGUUCUUUCGCGUGAGCCGUGACUCGAACCAGAACAGCAUCAUCAAGCGAGAGACUAUCUCCUCGAUCGUAUCAGGCUGA